AGAAUGGCAAGUUCUUCAUUGACUAAGACUUUGCACAGUAUUUCGAAUAAAGGGGAAACGUUUCGACAAGUUCCAAGGAAGGAAUCUGAAUUCUUAGCUCCUAAAAGUCCAUUUUAUGACCGAGAAUUUCGAUUAAGUGACUUCGAAAUUGGUCGACCAUUAGGGAAAGGCAAAUUUGGCAAUGUCUAUCUGGCUCGCGUCAAAGGCAUCAAUUUCAUCGUAGCUCUGAAAAUUCUGUUCAAAUCGCAACUUAUCAAAAAUAGCGUGGAACAUCAGCUACGUCGUGAAAUUGAAAUUCAAGCUCAUUUACGACAUCCUCAUAUCCUCCGCAUGUACAACUAUUUCUAUGAUGAGAAGCGUAUCUAUUUGAUACUAGAAUAUGCAGCUGGAGGUGAGCUUUAUAAAGAGUUACAGAAGUGCGGCCACUUCGAUGAAGAACGUACUGCCAAGCUUAUGUUUCAAAUGGCGGAUGCGCUCUCUUACUGUCAUGACAAAAAAGUCAUACAUCGCGAUAUCAAGCCUGAAAACUUACUUUUGGGCAUGUUUGGUGAAUUGAAAAUUGCGGACUUCGGGUGGAGUGUUCAUGCCCCAUCUUCCAGACGAGAAACGAUGUGCGGCACUUUGGAUUAUUUACCACCCGAAAUGGUGCGAGGCGAGAAGCACGAUGAUAAGGUUGAUCUGUGGUCUUUGGGUGUUCUCUGCUAUGAGCUGCUAGUUGGUAAACCGCCGUUUGAAAGUAAAACCCACAAUGAAACUUACAAACUUAUUGCCAAUGUAAAAUAUACAUUUCCGUGCCAUGUUUCUGAAGGGGCCAAGGAUUUAAUCACUAAGUUAUUGGUGAAAGAUCCCGCUGCACGUCUUCCUUUGAGAGACGUUAUGGAGCAUCCGUGGAUUCGUCAAUACAUUUGUGAAGAGUGAGAGCGUGAUUUACUUAAAAUAUCUCGUAUCUCUUAGAUUACAAUUCCAUUUAUGCUAUCAGAUCUGACACAUCAACAAACUUCUUACAUUUUGUUGAA